AUGGAUCUCCUCUUUCAAAAGUCCCUCACCGACGUCAUCAAAUCCCUCCGCGCCGCACCAUCCCCCGCCGAAGAGGCCAAGAUCCUCGCGAAAACCCUCCGCGACGUGCGGCGCGAAGUCAAGUCGUCGGAUCCGCGCAGCAAGGCGGCAGCACUAGAGAAGCUCCUAUACCUGCACAUGCUGGGGCAGGCGGGCGGCUCGGAUAUCGCGUGGGCGGCGUUCCCGUCCGUUGAGGCCAUGGGGUGCCACCGCAGCUUCGCCGUUAAGUACGUUGGUUACCUCGCCGCCGCGCAUAGUCUCUCCUCGGCGCCCGACGUGGCGGUUCUCGCGACGCACCAGCUGCGGAAGGAUCUGACCGGGCAGCACCCGCACGACGCGUCGCUCGCGCUCUCAUGCAUCGCUUCGGCGGCGCCGCCGGGGCUAGCGGCGGAGCUCACGACGGAGGUGGUGGCGCUGCUGAACGGCACGCGCGUCGCGGGGCGGCGCAAGGCCACUCUGGCCAUGCUCAGAAUUGUGCACCAGCAGCAGAUGCAGCAUCAAAGUAGAGCGAGCGGCGGGGUUGGAGGAUCAGGAGAAACAGGCGGAGACGACGACGAGCUGCCUGCGCUGCUCGCGAGGCUCGCGGAGCGCCUGCACGACAGCGACAGGGCAGUGGUAACCGCCGUGGUGUCGCUGGUGUGCGAAUUAGUCCUGCACGAGCAGCACCAGCGGAGCACUAGCAGCAGCACCCCUAUCGAUCCAACCCUCCAAUCCGGCCCUUCACAAGCACAGCAAACCCAGCAGCAGCAGCAGCGCGCGGCCUCGGGCAAGCCACUACCGUCCAGGUACCUGCCUCUGGCGCCCGAUCUGUUCCCGCUACUGCACCCGUCGUCGUCCCCCUGGCUGCUCAUCAAGCUCGUGAAGACGUUCGCCGCGCUCGCCGCCGCGGAGCCCCGCGUGGCGCGCAAGGUGGCGGAGCCCCUGGCGGCGCUGCUGCGCGCCACGCCCUCCAAGUCGCUGCUGCUCGAGAGCGUGCGCGCCGUCGCGCUCAGCAUGCGCCACGUGGACUCCCUGCGCCAGCUGGCCAUCCGCGUGGCAGCCACGCGGCUAGUGGCGAACGAGCCACUGGCUGCGGAUCUUGGCACAGGCAGCGCAGGGGACGGUGGGGGCAGCGGCGCUGGCGGUGCAGCGGCCAGCAGCAGUGGCAGCACUUCUGGUGCUGCGAGCGCGGCAGCACCGGCAGCGGUGGUGGGAGCGCACGACGCGAACGUACGUCUGCUGGGGCUGCGAGCACUGGAGAUGUUCCUCCCACACCACGCCCUUGAGGUUUUGCGCUUCAAAUCCGCCAUCAUCGCAUCACUCGACGACGCAGACCCCGCCGUGCAAUCCGCAGCGCUGCGCCUGAUCACAGCGCUCGUCACGCGCCCGUCGCUCGUGCCGUCGGUGGCGGCGCUGCGGCAGCGCAUGGCGGGGGCGGCGGCGGCGCGCAGCCCGCUGUGCGGCGAGCUGGUGACGGCCGUGCUGCAGAUGUGCGGCGCGGGGGGGUUUGAACGCGUGGCGGAUUUCGUGUGGUACAUAGACGUGCUUCAGGACAUCUGCUACGUGGCGAUUGUGGGCGGGGGUACCUCCACUGCCAGCCUCGCCCUGCCCUCACACGCAGGUGCAGGCGCAGCAGCAGCAGCAGCGGACGAGAGUGUGUGGUCACUGGCACCCCUGGGAGACCCAUCAGCCAGUUCCCAUGGAUACAGUCGCAGAGUGAGUGGUGCCUCCGGUCUCACCCACGCCCUAUCAGCCGGAGCAGCAGGGGCAGAAGCAUGGGCGGGCAGUGAGAGGAGCAGGGAGGUGGGGCGGCACCUGGUGGCGGUGGCACUGGGGUCGCCCGUGCCGGUGGCAGACCGGGCGCGAGUGAGAGCAGCGGCGCUGCACCUGGCGCUGCGCCUGGUGGGGGAUACAGCGCUGCUGAGGAGCAGGGCGGGCGGCGACCACGUGCUGGCUGCUGCAGCGUUCCUCCUGGGCGAGUGCGCUCACGAGCUGCUGCCCCGGGGUGCUGGUGCUGCUGCAGCUGCAGGGGCGCGUGAGAGCAGCAGCACUGGCAGUGGCACAACCGCGCUCUCUGCUCCAUCCCAAUCCCCCUCUGCACCACCAUUGUCAAGAUCAGAAUCAGCAGGUGCCCUGGACUCGACUCUGUCCUCCCUGCUCGCCUCGCUGCUUCAGCCAAGUGUGCUGCUUCUGCCCCCGGCAACCCAGGCUGUGUUCCUACAGGCCGCUCUCAAGGUGCUCCUCGCCCUCACAGCGCAAGCCACACCCACGCGCCUGCUGCCAAGGGGGUCAUCACCACCAGCAACUGGGAGCAGCCUUGGAGCAGGAAGCGAAUCGCCAGGCUCGGUAACUAGUGGUGGCUGUGCUGCGGCAGGGACAGAAGCGCGGUGGACUGUGGCAGCAGCGGCAAUGGCAGAGGCAGCAGGAGCAAGGGGGAGCGGAGUGCAUUGGGUGGUGCAUGUGCUAGAGGAGGCACGUGAGCGGCUGGUGCCGUUCCUGCAGUCUGCUGAUGCAGAUGUGGCGGACAGGGCCUGCAAUGUGGCUGCUCUGCUGGGCCUGCUGCUGCCUCUGCUGCUAGAGUCUGUGCGCGCUGAGAGGCAGGUUGAUCAGGAAGGGCAGGAAGGAGGAGGGGCAGCAGGAGAAAGUGAUGUUGCUGGAAGCACUGUGGAGGGAAAGCCGGUGGAUUGGGGAAAUGCAGGCGUGGGCGUGAAUGAACAGCACAAGCAACAGCAGUUGGAGCAGCAGUUGCUGAUGCUUUACACCUUGGCCUCACUCUUCCCUGCCUCCCAAUUUGACGCGGCCGCACCCCACCCUCCUCUUGCGCUCACACCUCCGGCGUCUAAAGUCACAGCAGUGGGAGCAGCAGGCAAGCAGCAGCUACUGCGAGCUGUGGAGAAAGCAGCAGUGGCGAUGGGAGUAGGCCCUCCUGGUGCCAUGCCUUGUGGCAGCAGCAGUGGUUAUGGUGCUGGUGCUGCUGCUCUGGCAUGGCUGGACGCUUUUGGGCAGUCAUCACACGAUGAGUGGGAUUCUGGUAUCCUCUUUGUGCGCUCGCUGCCACCCCGCUUCCUGCCCACCUCCUCCAUCCCCUCUUCCUCCUCUGCCAUUCCUGGCAGCAGGACAGCAGCAGCAGCUGGAGGGGCAGGAGUGGCGCUGCAUGGUGGUGCUAUGGGCUAUGCUGUGCCUGGACAAACGAUGGGUGGAGGGGGAGGAGGGGGGGCAGGCGGUGCGAGUACGACCCAGCAGGUGGGUGCUGGGGUGGAAGGCAGCACGGAGGAGUGGCGCAAGCGCAACAGUCUCUUUUACCUGCCAUCAGGGGGUUCCCCCAAGGCAGAGGGCAGAGGCAAGGAGGUGCAGAGCAGGGAAGGGGAGGGCAGGGGCAGUGCAGGGGGUGCAGAGUUUUCUCCUGGUGCUGCUGCUGCUGCUGCGUCGAGUGUUUCAGCGAGAGGAGAUUUCCCGUCGGCUGUGGGUGACUAUGACUACCCACCUGCCGUUGGCGACGAGGCUGUUGCAGAAUUUCUGCCGUCGAGAGGGUCGGGGGGAGGGAGCAAGCGAGCACCACCGUUGUGUGGCUUGGCUCAGAGAGAUGAUGGGGAUGGGGAUGAUGAUGAUGAUGAUGGGGAUGAUGAUGAUGAUGGGGAUGAUGAUGAUGAUGAUGAUGGGGAUGAUGAUGAUGAUGGGGAUGAUGAUGAUGAUGGGGAUGAUGAUGAUGAUGGGGAUGAUGAUGAUGAUGAUGGGGAUGAUGAUGAUGAUGGGGAUGAUGAUGAUGAUGAUGGGGAUGAUGAUGAUGAUGAUGGGGAUGAUGAUGAUGAUGAUGAUGGGGAUGAUGAUGAUGAUGAUGAUGGGGAUGAUGAUGAUGAUGAUGAUGAUGAUGAUGGGGAUGAUGAUGAUGAUGAUGGGGAUGAUGAUGAUGAUGAUGGGGAUGAUGAUGAUGAUGGGGAUGAUGAUGAUGAUGGGGAUGAUGAUGAUGAUGAUGGGGAUGAUGAUGAUGAUGAUGAUGAUGGGGAUGAUGAUGAUGAUGAUGGGGAUGAUGAUGAUGAUGAUGGGGAUGAUGAUGAUGAUGAUGGGGAUGAUGAUGAUGAUGGGGAUGAUGAUGAUGAUGGGGAUGAUGAUGAUGAUGGGGAUGAUGAUGAUGAUGAUGAUGGGGAUGAUGAUGAUGAUGAUGAUGGGGAUGAUGAUGAUGAUGGGGAUGAUGAUGAUGAUGAUGAUGAUGAUGAUGAUGAUGAUGAUGAUGAUGAUGAUGAUGACGACGACGACGACGACGACGAUGAUGAUGAUGACGAACAGCUUCCUUGCAAUUUCCCUCCCCCUCCCCCCUUCCCACCCUCCCCUUCCCCUCCUCCCCUCCCCGAUCGCACCCCGCCGCCCCCCUGGUCUCCUCUCUCUCACCAAAUCUAUCACAACUUCUCAUUGCAUAGCCUCGUCCUCCCAUUACCUUCCCACAACGAGCAGCGGCGGCAGGCGUGGGCGUGGGAGCGCAAGCAGGCGAUCGCAGCGGGGCGAGAGGACGAGGUGCAGGGGGGCACGGAGGCCACGCUCUCACUGCACACCACGCCUCUCACCUUCGACCCCUUCGUGCCACCCGCCUUUGCUGACUUCCUGAACCACUCCUUCCACUGCCUCUCCUUCUACUCCACCGGCCUCUCCUCCCAAGCAAGCCUCGAGAAAACCCGCGCAGCGAACCCGGAGCAGAAGUUUUUGACGCUGCCCGAGAUGAUGGCGGAGCACGGGCAUGCGUAUGUGGACGUGUUAAAGCUGGACUGCGAGGGGUGCGAGGAAGAGGUGCUGCUGGAGCUGGGCUCUACUGUGUACCCCUCACAGCUACCCCUCGUGGGGUGGCCGAGAGCGGAGAGGGAAGAGGAGGAGGAUAUGGGGGGUGGGCGGAGGGAAGGACGGCGGGAGGUGGUGGUUGGUGGUGGUGGAAGGAGGGGAUUAGCGGGGUCGGGGGUGGUGGUGAGAGGCGGUGGCGAGGGCAUGGUGCGAGGUGGUGAGGGGGAGAGAGUUCCAGCGGUUGGUCAGAUACUGGUGGAGAUGCACAGCACUCUCACCAAUCAUCUCGUACCUCUCCAUCUCCUUCCCCCUCACCUCUCGUCACGCCUCCCUCGACCGCAUGCCCACCUGCCCUCUCUCCCCCUCCCCAGGGUGAACGACUCAGCAGCGACACUGGCAGUGGUGGGGCAUCUAGAGCAGCUGGGGUACCGUCUCUUCCACGUGGAGCCCAACCCUGUCGCGCCUGCACACUACGAGGAGCUCGCCUUCAUCCACAGGCGCCUCGUUGACGUUUGA